AUGCCUGCUGUACACGCUGAAGGUGAACCAACACCAAAUCUCGUUGAACGUCAAAAGCGACUAACUCAACAGAUCUCCAUCGUCGUUUCAACAAUUUUAUUCGCUGCUUUCGUUACAUAUCCGAUGUAUAUUAUACUUCAAGAUGAAUUAAAACCAAUUACAAUCGAAAAGCCUACCUUGCAGAUGUACGAAACAUUGUCCAUUUCGUAUAUGAAUACAUUAACAUGUACCUGUAGUAAACCAGCAAUUCCUUUCGGACAAGUUGUUCAACUAAAGUAUGUUUUACAUCAGGUGUGUAGUAGUGAUUUUGUCAAAUCUGAUUGGAUUUAUAAUCUGGCUGUUUCAAAUGGGACAAAAUUCUGGGCGGAUUUUCGCGUAACUGCUUCAUCGGCGUUUCAAACGCUGGCGGAUAUUUGUCAAUUAACAUCGCGCACAAUUGAAAAUAAUUUAAUGGAAUUUUAUUCCCAUUCAUUUGUUAGCGUAUAUAUUUCAAAUUCCUUGGACUUUCAAACGCUAAUGAAUGCGUCUAUUUCACAGUUUGUCUUGUCAGUUAUCAAUCAAUUUUCCACAUCUUUCGCUAUGAUUCGAAGUACUAUUCAAAAUAAUGCUUUGCUAUCUGCUAUACAAACAAAUUAUCAACUAAUGGCAAACAAUGUUAGUCAAGUCGUACCGUCUACACGAAUUUAUGACAAUUGUAGUUGUUCUACGACAUCAAUGUGUUCCCGUUCAUCGGCUAUUUAUUCUUAUCCAAAUCCGAUAAAACUAUUUAACGUAUCGGGUUUUUACAUCGGUUGUUAUGUUCUCGAUACAUUACUUAAUUCUAAUUUACAAUGCUUGUUUGAUCGAAUGUGUCUAUCUACUUUACAACGUUAUUUAGAUUCGCGGCCAUCAACUCCGCCAACAGAGUUAAAUGCAUCUGCACCAAGUCGUUUCACUCAAUAUACACCUAUUCAUUUACUUGUAGACCAGUUGAUGGUAGAGCAAUGGAAUCCUUCAUUCGAUUUCUAUAGCUACUAUUCUGCUUGUCAACCGAUACAAUGUACUUACACUACAUGGGUACGAAAGGAUUCGAUAUAUAUGGCGACGAUGUCAAUUGGCUUAAUUGGUGGUCUUAUUGCGAUUUUAAACUUCGGGGUUCCACGGGUUGUGAAAUUCUUCGUAUUUUUGGGUUUAAAAUCUGAACCAGCAGUUGUGCGAACGCUGACUGUGAUUUCAGGAAGAUAG